AUGUUGCUCUGGGCCUGCUUGGCUGUUUUGCUGCAGGUGCAACUAGGCUCGGGCUACAAGCUCGUGUGCUACUUUACCAACUGGUCUCAGUACCGACCGGAACCAGCCAAGUUCUUCCCCAAGAAUGUGGACCCAUGCCUUUGCACGCACCUGGUGUAUGCCUUCGCCACCAUACAAGACAACAAGCUUGCCCCCUAUGAAUGGAAUGAUAUCGAUGUCCUGUAUCCUCAGUUCAAAGCCCUGAAAGAACGGUCAGUGGGAACUCCCAAAUUUACUGCCAUGGUCUCCACAGCUGCGAACCGCAAGACUUUCAUCUGCUCUGUCAUUGACUUCCUUCGUCAACAUGGAUUUGAUGGCCUUGAUCUGGAUAUUGAGUAUCCAGGCUCCCGGGGAAGCCCCCCUGAGGACAAGCAGCGAUUUACCAUCUUGAUUAAGGAAAUGCUCCAGGCUUUUGAAGAAGAGGCUGAAGAAACAGGAAACCCAAGACUGCUCAUUACAGCUGCAGUGUCUGCUGGCAAAGGCACCAUUGAUGCAGGCUAUGAAAUCGCGGAGAUUGGGAAGCUCCUUGAUUUCAUCAGCGUGAUGACCUAUGACUUCCAUGGUGGCUGGGACACAUGCACAGGACACAACAGUCCCUUGCAUGCAGGAUCCAAGGACCAUGGUGAUAUGCGCUAUUUCAACUGUGACUAUGCCAUGAAGUACUGGAGAGACAAUGGAGUCCCUGCAGAGAAGCUCAUCAUGGGGUUCCCCACUUAUGGGAGAACCUUCCGUCUCAGCACAUCCGACACCUCAGUCUGUGCCCCAGUCUCUGGAGCAGGGUCAUCUGGUCCUUACACACGUGAGGCUGGCUUCUGGGCUUACUAUGAGGUUGACUUUCUCAAGGAGAACAAGUUUGGUGGGGCCAUGGUUUGGACAAUUGACCUGGAUGACUUCUCUGGCUCCUUCUGCAAUGAGGGCAAAUACCCACUCAUCAACAAGCUGAAGUCACUCCUGGGCCUGUCCUCAAAAUGUACCCCAGCAGCUGCCAAUGCCGGGUACAAGCGGCCAGUCACACCCAGAAGCACAGGUUUCUGCGCGGGUCAAGGCGGAGGCGGCAGCGAGGGUGGUGACGGAGGAAGUGGGGGCAGCGGAGGCAAUGGAGGCUUCUGUUCUGGCAAAGCUGAUGGCCUCUACAGUGACUCUGAGGACAGAAGCAAGUUCUACCAGUGUGUGGGAGGCAAGACCUUCCAUUCCAGUUGUGCCCAAGGCCUGGUUUUUGACCAGAACUGCAAAUGUUGCACUUGGCCUUAA